ACAGCAGCGGCGCCACAGUAUCGUCGCAGCCCGGAAACCCUCGGACGCUGUGUCGUGGCUCCAGGCCCGUCGGAUCAGCCGUGCGCUCUGUUGGCCACUCUGACCUCUGCCCAGCCCAGCCGAGCCAAGGCCCCGGCCCGUCCUUCAGGCAGGAGCAGCGCCGAGGCGGACAUGGCCUCCUCCAGCCAGUGCGUCGUGAUCAGUGACGAGGAGCAGGGCUACGACCUGGACCUCUUCUGCAUACCCAAGCACUACGCUGCAGAUUUGGAGAGGGUCUACAUUCCACAUGGGCUCAUUUUGGACCGGACGGAGCGGCUGGCCAGGGAGAUCAUGAAGGAGAUGGGGGGCCACCACAUCGUGGCUCUCUGUGUGCUCAAAGGCGGCUACAAGUUUUUCGCUGACCUGCUGGACUACAUAAAGGCCCUGAACCGGAACAGCGACCGCUCCAUUCCCAUGACGGUGGACUUCAUUCGCCUCAAGAGCUACUGUAAUGACCAGUCCACGGGUGAGAUCAAGGUCAUCGGCGGCGAUGACCUGUCUACGUUGACGGGGAAGAAUGUUUUGAUUGUUGAGGACAUCAUCGACACAGGCAAAACCAUGAAGACGUUACUGCAACUCCUGAAGCAGUACAAUCCCAAGAUGGUCAAAGUGGCCAGUUUGUUGGUGAAGAGAACGCCGAGAAGUGUGGGAUACCGUCCCGACUUCGUGGGAUUCGAGGUUCCUGACAAAUUUGUGGUGGGAUAUGCACUGGACUACAACGAGUACUUUAGGGAUCUAAAUCACAUCUGUGUCAUCAGUGAAACAGGGAAGGAGAAGUACAAGGCUUGAGAAACCAGGACAGCAACACUUUUUAUCUUUGCUUUUAUGAUUUUUUUUAUGAUCUAUUUAAUGAAAUCUUGAAGAACUUGGUUUCUUUUGAGGAUGAGAUUCAUCACUGACCUGUAUCACCAAAGCACUUGUGAGUCAUCAGAUGGAAAGGUCCACAGACCAGCUUCCCAGCGUGCACUUCUCUGUUUUCUUUUCUUCCAAUUCUAGUCCAUGACAAUAGAGCCCACUCCCUCAGGAGGGGUCGGCCCGGCAGUAACUGAUGGUUCGACGCAGGUUCUCACUGCUGUGAAGCUCCUCUUCUUCACGCAGGUUUUACACAGCCUUUAUCCAAUCUGACAUUUCCGUGUGUAUAUUUGGGGCUGUUGCUUCUCUGUCUGCAGCUGCUGAGUUCAAUGACAGCAGCAGUGAUGUUGACUGAAAUAUUUGCCGAAGAAGGAACAUUUGGACUUGUCACCGUGUUGUGUGUUUUCUUUGCUGUUUUCACUGAAUCCACAAUCCUUUUGCGCCGCACACCACCUGUUAAGUGAGCUUGUCUUUCGACGCUUUGGUUCUCGACGUCUGUGGCGCCAUGAUCUUAACCUUGUGUCAAUCUCAUUUUGCGGUUGCAGACAAUAAAUUUUCACACUCUUCCUCUGACCCCGGUAUUUUUAUUGAAUCAUUUGAUUUUGUUAAACAUUUCA